CUGAGUGGGCAGGGCCAUUAUGGGGCGGAGGCUGGCGUGGAAAUGGUAGCCCGCUGUAUUCUGCACAGUAGCAUGGGGCAUCGUACUCUAGCCUCCUCCCCUACCCUGUGGGUCUCCAUCCCGUGUCCACGCUCUGAGCUGCGCCUGGACCUGGUUCUGGCUUCUGGACAGUCCUUCCGGUGGAGGGAACAAAGCCCUGCACACUGGAGUGGUGUACUGGCAGAUCAAGUGUGGACACUGACUCAGACUGAGGAGCAGCUCUACUGCACUGUGUACCGAGGGGACAAGAGCUGGGAUGGCAGACCAACACUAGAGGAGCUGGAGGCCGUGCGCAAGUACUUCCAGCUAGAUGUCAACCUGGCUCAACUAUAUCACCAUUGGGGUUCUGUGGACUACCACUUCCAAGAGGUGGCUCAGAAAUUCCAAGGUGUGCGACUCCUGCGACAAGACCCCGUCGAAUGCCUUAUCUCUUUCAUCUGUUCCUCCAACAACAACAUCACUCGCAUUACUGGCAUGGUAGAGCGGCUGUGCCAGGCCUUUGGACCUCGACUCAUCCAGCUUGAUGAUGUUACCUACCAUGGCUUUCCCAGCCUACAGGCCCUAGCUGGGCCAGAGGUGGAAGCUCACCUUAGGAAGCUGGGCCUGGGUUACCGUGCCCGCUACGUGAAUGCCAGUGCCAAAGCCAUCCUGGAAGAACAGGGAGGGUUGACCUGGCUGCAACAGCUACGAGAGGCCCCCUAUGAGGAGGCCCACAAGGCCCUCUGUGCCCUGCCUGGAGUAGGCACCAAGGUGGCUGACUGCAUCUGCCUGAUGGCCCUAGAAAAGCCCCAGGCUGUACCUGUGGACGUCCACGUGUGGCAAAUCGCCCAGCGUGACUACAGAUGGCACCCCACUACAUCCCAAGCAAAGGGCCCAAGCCCCCAGACCAACAAGGAACUGGGAAACUUUUUCCGGAGCCUAUGGGGACCAUAUGCCGGCUGGGCCCAAGCGACCUUACCUCCCCUACAGGUUCUGUUCAGUGCUGACCUGCGCCAACCCUGCUGUGCUCAGGAGCCUCCAGCAAAGCGCAAAAAGGGGUCCAAAGGGUCAAAAGGCUAAGUGGGGUGUGCCCUGGACAAAGGAAUUCCCAAACAUCUUUCCCCUCCACUCCCCACUUCUUUCUCCCCAUCCCCCCCAGUCUCAUGUUGGGGAGGGGGCUUGCUACAGCUACCUCAGGGGCCAGGCAUCCCCAAAUAACCAGUCAAUUUGCACAACAAGGUGGGGGGUGGGCUACUUAGGGAGAUAGAGCUAUCUAUGGUUUUAUCUUCUUCCCUUUAUUACAAGAAGGAACAAUAAAAUAGAAACAUUUGUAUGGAAAA